GCAGUUCCGUCUUUCGUCUCUCUCUUCUACUUUCCCUUUCGCUCGCUUUCGCUUGUACUCCCUAUAAUCGACUUGUCCAAGCGUCUCGAAGAUAUCCGUCUGUAAACGCUGGGAACGUAGGCGAUACCUAAAAGCACCACGAUCUGAAUGUCUCAUCCAAUUUCGCCGCCUCCGGUGCCAUCUUCCCAGUCUUCUACGGGCGUCCGACGGCACCACACAAUUGGUGCGUCUUCCCGGGCUGGUAGACCAAGUAGCCGCGUCCCGAUUUCAGAGGAGACGCAAGAGGCGCCUCUUGGCGAUGAAGAUGAGUUUGUAGAUCAAGACUGGAUCGGCGGACUGGGCGCCGUAGGAGAGAAGAGUAACUUGCACAGACAAGCUUCGCUGCCGACUCGCUAUAACCGGGGUCUCAGGCAGCCGGGCAGCCUCACUCCGAGAGGUAUAAACAGUCUGACUGCAAUCGCUGGUCACGACGGGGACGAGGAAGACUGGGAACGCGACAUGAGCAGGCUCAGAAACGAGGACGAGCAGGAUCUCAAUGCACCUCAUGGCCAGCUGUCGUCCUCUGGCGAGCACGGUCAUCAGCUAAUGGACAAUAACGGAUCCCCCCUCUCGCCUCACUUUGCGCCUUCUCAGAUUCCGUCUCCGCCACCUGCAGGUGUGGCAGGCGUCCGCAGGCACCAGAGUCUUACUCUGGGCGCUGCUUCGGCUGGCGUUAGGCAUAUGUCCUCUGGCCUGCGAAGGGCCGGUACUCUGCACGCGGGUACCCAACUGAAGAACCAUCCUGGUUCGGGUUACCCUCAGAGCCCGAGUCCAACCAAUGCAGACGAAGGGUUCGAAGACGAGCAACAUGCAUACGAAGACGAUUCAUAUUUUGCCCGACAGCCCCAGGCUCAGCAGGGUUCUGGUCAGUAUCCGACGAGUCCUUUGGGCAGUCGCUCACCCUGGAGUACUCCAGGCACCGAAUGGCGUGCACCCGGUGGAAACGGCACUUCCAGUGCUUCCAUCGAUGAUGUAUCCCGGGCCUUAUCCAAUCUGGAGAUCGCUGGUAACAUGAGCCAGAAUAUGAACCAAGCCUAUGCGAACAAUUAUCCAGCUGGGCAAUCUGCUCAUCCUCCUCGCUUUAACCCGGCGCAUCCCCCUCCUGCGCAAGCUCCGGGGGCUGUGCGAGGUAACAACGUAAGGAACGACAAUCGCGGAGGGAAAUUGCAUCUGGUCACCGAUCUUGACGGGCGCAAGACUCCAUCGCAGGGCCCUGUCAGUGCUUCGGCCUAUGUGCCUCCUGUUGGACAGCAGAUUGGGCAACAGCAGCGUGGAGUCAAUGACAGGAACGACCGCGACCGUGAACAGCGGGAUCAAGUCCCGAUUACUGCCACGGGCACCACAACUUGGGACCAGAAGGAACGACUUCUUGGAGGUCGCGUCUCGAACCCCAAUCUGCAUCAGAUCUACAACGCGCAAGGCGCACCUGGCAAGGAUGUUCCGGUUGUCCCUCCCAUCCCGACGCAGUAUCUUCAGAACCAGAAUACAGGAAACAAUUCACAAGGACCCAGGCUGGGCGUGAAUACUAACUUCGGCGGAUACAACCCACUUGCGCAAUCUGGGAUGCAAGGCCAGAUGAACAUGAAUAACGGAGCUGUGCCGGGAUUCAUUACCUCGCCCAUCGACGUGCCCACUCUGAUCGCCACGAAAGGCUACAAUCCAGCGGAAUUCGACACCAAACCGGCUUUCGCUAGAUACUUUGUGAUCAAGUCCUACACCGAGGAUGAUGUGCACAAGUCCUUGAAGUACGAGAUCUGGAGCUCCACCGAUCCAGGCAACAAGAGGCUGGACAAAGCUUUCAAGGAGACCGCGGGCCGGGGUCCAAUAUACUUAUUUUUUAGUGUGAAUGCGAGCGGACACUUCUGCGGCAUGGCAGAGAUGUUGACACCCGUGGACUACACCCGGAGUAGUACUGUCUGGGCAUCUGACAAAUGGAAGGGUGUCUUCAAAGUCAGAUGGAUCUUCGUGCGCGACAUUCCUAAUGCCAAUCUCCGGCACAUUCGCCUGAGUAACACUCAGGAGAGGAAGCCUGUUACCAAUUCCAGGGAUACCCAGGAGCUUCCUCCCGAGGCUGGUAUGGAGAUGCUCAAGAUAUUCCAUACCCAUCCUGCCAGGACGUCGUUGCUUCAAGACUUUGCCUUCUACGAGCUUCAAGCAAUGCAGAAGCUGCAAGCUUCGAUCCAGCAACAGUCGUCGCCGAACCAACAGCCGAUGACGUUGCAGUCUUCCGGACAAGUAUCUCCGACCAGCCCGCAGCAACACCCGUUCGCGAUGUCGAACCCUAAUGCCUUGGCCUAUGCGUCACACUCUCUCCAGAUGCCCGGCAUGAACAUGAACCCAUUGAUGCAGAUGCAGAUGAAUGCCCAGUUCACCAACCCCGCAGCUAUGCAGAGCGUCAUGCGCCAUCCCAGCCCGGUUCCCGUGGGUGCGCAGCAAUUUAUGAACAUGCCGAACAUGGGAGGCAUCCCCGGAUUCCAGUGAUCGUACGGCCUCUGGGUCAGAAAUGAAUAACGGUAGGAAUGAUACUGAACGUGUGCCUGCUUUAUAGAUAUUUUCCUCUGCUCAAUCUGCUUUCAUCUAAAUUGUAUACUUUAUGCCAUUCCUCUGGGUGUUUCCCUAGUAUCGGAUAACUGUACCCCUGGCCUGUCUACGCUGGCUCUAUACUUCCGUUCCAAUUGUCUUGGUUAACCCCCUUGCGCACUAAUAAUGGACACGGGACAGUGAACGGACGUGGACUAUCGCUUUCGUUCGCUAUCUUGUAUAGUCGCUCUCCUGCUGUUGUAUGCCCACAAAUUCAACGGUUUAUUUAUGCGGA